CCAUGUGGCGGCUGACAGACACAGAGCAGAGGUGACACGACUCUUUGAACAGAGUCAAAUAGCUACAAAGUCUCCUGGGCUGUCUGCCGAUCAGUCAAAUCAAUUGAAAUAUGCUGACCACCCUGUUUCUCUCCUUCCUGGUGUCUUCUGUCAUUGCCUCAGAGAAAGACAGUGCUCUUCCCAGGCUGAAUGACACCAAAGCCGCUGAGGCCUUUAUCGACUCUGCUGAAGUGGUGGUCAUCGGAUUCCUGGAGGGAGAGGAGAGUCAUGGCUAUGACGAGCUUGUUGCAGCCGCAAAGCGCGUUGACUCAGUCCCUGUAGCCAUUUGUACUGUGAAAGAGGUGUGGGCUGACUACAGCCUCUCCUCAGACACCAUCACAAUCUUCAGAAAGGCAGAUAACCACCAGGAGAAUCUUGUUGUCGCAGAGGCCAAGAAGUUAGAGACUGACGGUCUUGUAAACUUCAUCAGCAUCAACGAGGUCCGAUACAUCACAGAAUACAACCAAGUGACAGCAGUGGGCCUGUUCAAUUCAGAGGUGAAGACACACCUCCUGCUCUUUGCCAACAGAGGGAGUAAAGAAUAUACUGAGCUCAAGAAAGAACUGCGAGCUCUGGCACCUGAGUUCACAGGCAAGUUCUUGUUUGUGCUGAUUAAUGGAGCAGUGAAGUCCAACUCUCGAUCCCUUGGCUACUUUGGCCUCAAGUCUCAAGACCUCCCACGAGUUGGCAUCUACGAUGGAGACUCUGACAUGAAAUGGCUCCUUCCACCAGGAGAGAUUUCUACUGAGCGAGUACGAGAGUUUUGCCAAUCCUUCCUACGAGGAGAUCUGAAGGAGGUGAAGCAGGCUGGAGCAGAAGCCAAAACAGAGCUCUAGGAUGCACAGAAAAGAUGUAAAUGAAUUAUUAUAAGUUAAAUAAAUAACUAAAUGGAAA